GAGGCCCUUGAUAAUAUCAUUUCAAGAAUUUUGCCUUCCCUUAAGUCAAUGCUGUCUUAGACUGACCUUCUCAAAUAGAAUCCAGUUGAAUCCCUACAUUCCAAAGUAGCAUAGCCUUAUUAUUUCUUUCUGGCAUACAUCUUGGUAUAUAUAAUCCGAAUACCUUAUAUUCACCAUGGCGCCGCACAGUAACGAUUCACCGUCACCCGCAAGAGAGUUCUCAACAGAUUUUAACAUGUCUUUCCACCCUCCAAUAAACUCUGUCUUGCGAGAGUCGAGCAACGAAAAUAGCAUAUAUUCAGUGAACGAAUCCUCUUACAGUUCUUCAUACAGCAGUGUCUCAACAGAAGCCUACGAUCAUAUGGCUCGCCCUCUAGUUCCUGGCGUUUACGUUCCCACAGUUUGCUUCUUUGACCCGGCCACGGAAGAACUCGAUACAGAAACCAUCUCUAGUCAUGCGAUUCGUCUCGCGAAAGCUGGAGUCACUGGUCUAGCUACUCAAGGCUCUAACGGCGAAGCCGUUAAUCUCACCCACGCAGAACGUCAGACUGUUACGGCAACAACUCGUGCCGCACUCACUUCGGCUGGGUUCCCACAUCUUCCUAUAAUCGUCGGUUGUGGCGCACAAUCUGUCCGAGAAACAGUGCAAUAUUGCCGAGAAGCUUUCGCGGCUGGGGGAGACUACGCACUUAUUCUACCACCUUCGUAUUAUGCACCUCUAUUUUUGCCCUCCUCUGCUUCCGUAAUCGAGUUUUUCACGACUGUGGCGGACCAAUCUCCAAUUCCGUUAUUAAUUUAUAACUAUCCGGGAGCUGUCUCCGGUAUAGACCUUUCAUCAGAUGUUAUCAUUAAAUUAUCAGCUCACCCCAAUGUCGUGGGUGUGAAGCUGACUUGUGGCAAUACUGGCAAAUUAAAUCGAAUCGUGGCAGCCACAAGGACUUCCAAGCCACACUCCCCCGCAUCUCCGUCAUUCUUGGUCCUCGGAGGUAGUGCCGAUUUCACCCUACAGAGUCUGAUUGGGGGUGGUCAUGGGAUCCUCGCGGGGUUAGCAAAUAUUGCCCCGAAGGCUUGCAUCGAAAUGACAAAGUUAUACCACGAAGGAAAAAUCAAGGAAGCUCAGAAACUUCAGGAAAUCGUUGCCCAAGGUGAUUGGGCGGCUAUUCAGGGAGGUAUUGUGAGCACUAAGGCUGGUAUGGAGAGUUGGUUGGGCUACGGAGGAUAUGGUCGUGCACCAUUACCACAUCCCACUAGUGAUGAGAUGACGAAGUGGAAAGAAGGCUUUCGAGAGUUGGUUAAUUUAGAGAAAAGCCUUUAGAUGAGGUCUUCUCUGGCUCUGGGUGCUAUGCGUCUGAUCUUUGUUUAUCGUUUCACAUAGCUUGUUGAUUCAUCUUUUCAGCAGUAGUCUCGAAGGCUCUUUUUGCGUUCCGAUCUAAAAGUUCCGCUCUUUGGGCAUUGUGGUUCAGUAAAACGCUUUCAAUUAUAUUUUACACUUUUUUAUCUUCCGCAACCGUAUCCGGUAAUGAACUUGACGCUAAUUUUGGCUUCAAAAGCAUGUAUUUGUUCUAGAGUAAAAGCUGGAGGAAUAUCUGAACUCUAUACAUCAUCAGUAUCUGUCGAGAAAACUUGUAUUUUGGAAAAGAGUGCUCAACUUCUUUGUCGUAGAAUAAUCUGGAGGCUAGAUAUGUGAUACAUACACACAUGCAUGCAUCCUAUAAGUAAUUUAAACAAGUAAUUAAAAUCA